UUUUACUGCUGAUGUUUCCAUUUUUGCUGUUUUUUUGUGUUCUUGUUUUAAUUUUUUGAAUGUGCCACGGGCCUAUAGAAAAACAGCCUUUGGAACAGGCUUUGGACACCCCUGAACUGGACCUUACUUUGGAGAAAGCCCAUAAGCAUUUGCCAAGUACAGUCAAACCUGUCUUAGCGGCCACCUUUAUAGAGAACGGCCACCUGCCUAUAGCGGCCACUGAAAAAUCCCCCGCAGCAAAUUUACAUGUUAUAGACCCUGUGUAUAGCAGUCACUUGUCUAACGCGGCCACCCAUUUUGUCUCCCUUGGUCAAUUUCUGACCGCAUAUAGUGGCCAAAUUACCGACUCAAGUAGAAGCUUCAUGCACAAAAAAGUUUUGUUUUUCAAUCAAUGAAGCCUUUUUAAUUACUGAGUCCUAGCUCAGUCACAAUCAUUCACAAGAUCCACACAAACUGUCAGUUGUUCCACAUAAAAAAGCCGUCUUCUUUUGAGCUUGCUAUUUCCUGGUCAAACAUGUAACUUUAAGAGCAUUUGCACCAAAACAUUACCGCAAAGUAGACUGGGAACAGGACGUGCUCCCAGCGACGCUACAAUAAAAAAAUAAACAUACGCUAGCAUGCAUGCGGCAGCGGGAGCAAAACUGAGUUGGGUUGUACUUAAUUGAAGUAUUUUAGAAUGUACUCACGUUAUUUUUGAUCAAUCCUCAUCCACAAAUCCAUCAAAGUCCUCAUCUUCUGUAUUUGACACAAAAAAAGCCGUCUUCUUUUCCGUUCGCUACUAGUCUGUUAACUUGUCAGUGUUAUUUAGCUCCGAAGCAAAGAAGGAAACUUCUCCUGUUGCUUCUGCCAACUUUAUUUAUUGAACGCGGCCACCAGACAGCAGGUCAGAACACACACACAUCUCUCAGCAUCUUCUCUCCUUCCUGCUUGCCCACAAGGCAAAGGUUAAACAAGCCCCACUACAUAGCUGUCCAGGAAAUGCCUGUAAGAAAUGACACCGUUUAUUUCCUGGUGUGCACUGGUCAAUACUGUAAUGCCGCUUGUUGUGGGGAAGGAGAGACUCACGUCGCCGAUGCACUUUAAUGGCUUUAUUAACAGCGGAGAACACUGCAGGACUUUACAUCCACGCCAACAUAAACACACUUCCCAACUCUCUCCAAACUCACAGCUAGCACUGAGCCUAGCUCUUCUGCUCGGGACGCCCACCGUCACUUCCUGUCACUUCCUGAUGAACUAAAGCUGUAAUGACACUCUGCCGUAUAAAAAGUAAAAUAUUAAAAACAAGCGUAAGACAUUACUAGCACAGCUUUGUUCUGUGGGUGGUGGAUAAUAACAAGCCUAGUAGUGCUGUACAACUUUUAUCUGCAGUCCCACAGUGCCCUCUACUAGUCAACAUUCAAACUGGACGCCAACCUGUCUAUAGAGGCCACCUGUCUAUAGUGGCCACUUUUGCAGUCUCCCUCUAGUGGCCGCUAUAGACAAGUUUGACUGUAUCUUCCAAAUCCAGCUAAAACCAUCUGAAAGUGACAGUGCUUCUCUUCAUUUACUGUGUGUUGUUGUGCCUCAGCAGCCUAGGUUAUUUCCUGUUUGGGUUUCAGCAACGUCUUUUGUGUUUUGGCUGCUGCUUGGUUUUCAGCAGUACACUAGAUUAUUGUUCCUGCUAGGUUAGCAGCGCUGUUAUGUUCACUUGUACAUUUUUCCCUGCUAUUAUUUUUCUAGCAGCGUUUUUUGUAUCCUGUUUUGUGGCUUAUCCCCGUGUGAUUUCUGUUGUACUUUUUGGACUGUAAAUUUUUGUGUUUCCACAUCUUGGGUUCCGUACACUGGCUUGCACCGCUUGUGACCACUGAUCUGUACUAAUAAGUCUGGAUAGCUCAUACGUCGCACCCGCCCGUACAAGCCGCUGAAGCCAAAGAGACGCCAUCUUGCCACUCACAUCUCGACUACAUUGGCACAGCGUACAUAGUGUACAAAGCAGAUGAAGAGGCUCGCAGAACAUCUAUGUUUUACAUUAAAAAGCGGGGAGAUUCUCCCAUUCCUUCGAGUAACGCAACCUUCGUCCCUUAAAAACGAUUUGAUACGUUAUUCUCUAUCUUUUGGCAAUAUUAAAUGUACUUUUUCCCCUUCCAAUUCUCAUUGCCUUUGGGACAAAAUUGUACUGUGCACCCUGGCUCAGCACUCCCCUAUAGCAAUGAUAGUUUUACUCCUCUAGAAAGAGAUUUUAGUUUUAACUGCAAAUCCCAUCCCUUUUUUCCACUAAAAUCCAUGGUCAUGAUCCUUUACUUUGUUUUCUUACUUUCAUACAAUUCACUAUGCUCUCUUCUGUACAAAAUAUGAAUCAUAAAAGAGAGUGACUUUGGACAACUUUUAAAAUCAUUUAAUAUUUUUCUGAUUUUUUUUUUGAUUUUUUUUGUUUGUGUUAGAAAUAACCUCUUUUCUGAUAUAGAAAUAUAUUUUAACAAAAACCACAGGAAUAAUAUGUAAUAUAAUAUGUAAUAAUAUAUAAACAUGUGGGGGUUCAUUUGAAAUUCGGGUAAACAAAGAAAAAAACCCGUAUUUUUUUAUAUUUGCAAGCAACCGCAAAUGAUUUAGUAGUCUAGUUGCGGUUGUUUGUUUACAUAUCCCCCACGGCCCCCCAUGUAAAGCCGUUAUGACUCAGGUAUGGUAUGAUAUCAACAGAAUUUUUAAAAAUGAUCAUACCCGAGUCCUUAAGACUAAGCUCAAGCACACCUGAUGUGCGAGGUUAGUCUGAAGACUAACCACCUGAACCAUGUUGUAGUCAAUAUGUAUUCUUUACUUGCGUAUCUUGCUUGCUGCUGUAACAAGUGAAUUUCCCCGCUGUGGGAUAAAUAAAGUACAAUACAAUACAAAAAUUAAAAAAAAAAAAAAUUAGGGUAUAUAAGGUGAAUAAUCCAGUGUAUUCACGUAAAUCACUUACAGUUCUGCUUACAGACUCUCUCCACAUCCCAUAUGUUAAGUCUAAUUCAAAUUUGCUAAAAUGAGUCAAAACACACAAUAAACAUAUUUAAAGAUGGCGGGCCGCCAUUUGAAGAGGCCUGGUGCACAUAAUCACACUGCAUAAUAUACAGCAAAGUUAUACAGUAGACGCCCCUACAAGGUAAAUAAUCCGUUCCAAGAACCUUUAUGUUAUAGGGAUUUUAUGUUAUACAGAGUGUAAAAUACAUGUAAAUAGCCUAAUCCGUUCCAAGAUCUUCCCAAACUCACCCCUUUGGCCCUCAAAAAAUUCAAAGUCCACCAAAUGUGGUGGGAAAAUAUAACAAAACAGCAUAAACAUAGUAGAGUAACAUCCCAAUAUAAAAUAAGGUAAAUAAGGUAUAAUAGUCGAUGGGGAACGGCCGUAUAGUCUAGCAACAUCACUUAAUUUCAUACCACCGUCAUGCUUCUGGAUCAUUUCCUGCUUUGUUUCGAUCGACAACUUUUCCAUUUUUUUUCUUCUCACUUACACUUGGUUUAGGGCCCAUGACUCCGGUAAUUUUAACACAAAAGUAAAUUAAGAAGAGAUUUCAAUGCGUGCAACCUAGUUUAAGGGCGACUAAGCUGAAGGGAGCUCACAUACAAACUGGACGCACUGGAUAAGUCAGCCAAUGAGAUAAGAGCGUAGGCGGUGCCCCGAUAAUCACCCAAUGAGAUAAGAGCGUAGGCGGUGCCCCGAUAAUCAGCCAAUGAGAUAAGAACGUAGGCGGUGCCCCGAUAAUCAGCCAAUGAGAUGAGCGCGUAGGCGAAUUGGUGUGAAAUAUAAGCUUCAUACACUGCAUUUGAUUACAGAAUCCACCAUGGAUGACGAGUUUACUUGGACAAGACGGUCGCCAAAUUCACCCACAGAGUACGGGUUGUGAAGGUCAAGGGAGCGUUCCAACUCUCCCGAUCACCAAUCAAGUCAUGGAAGCGAUGGAGGAUGUUUCACUUCUUGUUCUCAAUCAUCAGUGGGCUCAACUCCCAGACGCUCAUCUUCCAGAUAUGUUAAGAUAAUCAACUUAGACAUUGUUGGCAACCUAUUUUUUGGGAAGGGGGUAGAAACAAAGUGCACUAAUAAGGAAAUCCUACACACACGAAAACUCUGGAACAGUCAUAGAAUUAGAAAAUUGUCAUUUCCAGGCCUUGGAAAAGUCAGGGAAAUUGAUUUCACAUAGCUUUUCCUCAGUUCACGUAAUCAUUCAAAGCAUUUUCCUGUCAUUUUCUUGUCUCAUGUGUGCCAUGUUGGUGUUCCAGGGCAGUCCCGCUCUAGAAGGGAGCGUCCCAACACUUCCAAUCACCGAUCAAGCCGUUGAAGUGCUACACCUUCCACUCUAGGACACUCAACAUCCAGACAUGGAGAGAAACAGCAGAACACUCUGACACCUUCUCUGGUCCAGCUGCAGGAUCACCUGUUGGAGAGCGCUACACUGUAUAACGGAAGAUACACUGCUCAAAAAAACUAGAGGAACACUUCGAAAACACAUCAGAUCUAAACUGGGGGAAAAAUGAUCUUGAAUAUCUUUCCUGAUAAUAAGUGGGUGAUGUAUUAGUAACAAAAUGAUGCCACAUCAUUUGAUAGAAAUGAAAAUGAUCACCCUAUAGAGGGGGGAAAUCAAAGACACCCCAAAAAUGAAAGUGAAAAAAUGAUGCAGCACACUGGUCCAUUUGGCUAAAAUGUCAUUGUAGCAACUCAAAAUGAUUCUCAGUAGUUUGUGUGGCCCCCACGUGCUUGUACGCAUGCCUGACAACGUCGGGGCAUGCUCCUAAUGAGACUACGGAUGGUGUCCUGGGGGAUCUCCUCCUAGAUCUGGACCAAGUUGGCAAUGCUUCUCCCUUGGGCAUUUAUGUGUGGAGUUUGCAUGUUCUCCCUGUGUGUGCGUGGGUUUUCUCCGGGUACUCCGGUUUCCUCCCACAUUCCAAAAACAUGCAUGUUAGGUUCAUUGGAGACUCUAAAUUGUCCAUAGGUAUGAAUGUGAGUGUGAAUGGUUGUUUGUCUAUAUGUGCCCUGCGAUUGGCUGGCAACCAGUCCAGGGUGUACCCCGCCUGUCGCCCGAAGUCAGCUGGGAUAGGCUCCAGCAUGCCCCCGCGACCCUAAAAGAGGAGAAGCGGUAUAGAAAAUGGAUGGAUGGAUGGAUGGACCAACACUAUGUUUGCAUAUUAUUAUGUAUGCUAUAAUUACACUUUAAAAUAUUGAUUUUCACAGAUCUACCAUCCCCAACACAGAUAAAAUAGGUCUUAUUCCCAAAAUGGUUACCCACCCCUGUGCCAGCUGGAAUGGUGCUAAAUUUUAAAUGUGUAGAAUUUAGGGGCUGUAAAAUGUCUGUUGUAAAUACAGUGAAAUACUAAAACUAUGAACUCUUUUCACAUAGAUUUCACAGUUAAGUACGAUUGGCGGUAAGAACAUCACGGACUGCACAACAAAGAUCUUGGACAGGAUGAUGACAAACUCCCUGAUGUCUUCAUUCAAUAUGAAGGGCCCCAGUUCCAAAAGGGCAUUCCAACCGACAGAACUUUACGCCAUUGUGACAGGCACAUAUGGAGUUGCACAACUCUAGUUGGGGUUUUUUUCUUAAUGGAUUUUUCUGUCUAGAAAUUUGAAAUGCGACAACGCAAACAUUUUUGUUGUUCAUUUGAUUGUUUUGUGUAAUUAGGAAUAAACAAAUGUUGAUUACAUAUGAUUUUCUUUGUCAUUGCAGCUGCUGUCUAAAACUAGGACAGCAAAGCCACAGACCAUGAAAGUUCACGUACUAUGCAGACCAUUUCAAACAUGCUCCUGGGCGGUCUGGUGGUGGAGGCUAUCCUAAAAAAUAAAACAGUACAGGCAGACUCAUCACACAACAACUUGGAACAUGCAGAGCAAGCUGGACAUGGCGGGCAAGAAGCCUCCAAAGGCCUUUAUCCUCCAGGUGGCCACCAUCCGCUUGACCUUCGUGAUUGGACUCAUCUUCAUCGCCAUGCCAUUGGCUGAAGCAGUGAAGGGCGUGAGGUUGAAUGAAUCUACGAUUGAGCGUGGUACCUCACUACUGACUACUGACAAAGCAGGAAACAGCCAGGAUCUGACCGGAUAUAUGACGAUGAUUGUUCAGGAAUUUCAGAAGCUGAAAGAACAGAUGACGGAGCAGACAGGACAGAUGAAGAAGAUGACCAGUAAGGUGGAGGAGAUGACUGACGAGUCGAAGGAUCUUCUGAUGAAAGCAGGCUGUUGCACUCUGCCGUGGCAAUACCAUGACAAAAGAUGUUACCUGUAUGUCAAGGAGUGGGAGACCUGGGAUGAUGCUCAGAACUACUGCGUAGCCAAGGGUGGACGUUUGGCCUCAGUUCACACCAAAGCCACGUAUGACUUCCUCAUUGGAUUGGCUGGUAGUAGCCAGGAUACUUGGGUUGGGGGCCACAAAGAGAAUCAGGAGUGGAAAUGGAUUGAUGGUUCCACGUUUCGUGUGAAGGAGGAUGGAGAGGCAGACAGCAAGGUUGCGAGAUGGGGAUCAGGCGAGCCCAAUAACGUGGGUGAUAACGAAAAUUGUGUGGACAUACGGAAAGAAGGACUCAAUGAUUCGCCGUGCUCUACGACGCGCCCAUUUCUUUGUCAGCUGUGACGGGAUGGUCUCGGCUGUGUGACGGCUGCUCCUUCAAGGACGUCGGUGCUGAAAGAUCACCACUCUGCCUUCAAUUCGGUUGCUUUCAUGAAUCCUGAUCAUAAUCGGCGUGCACAUGAUCCCAAACAACCUGCGAGACACCAAUUUGCAAACUAAAGCUCGUCCUGUUUGCAGUUGAGGAGCUAACACAAGCCAUCACACAGAAAAUGAAGCAUUCACAUUUUUAGUCAACAUUUUGGAGCAGCAUCUGUGUUAGCAUUGAAUCACUUAUUGAAAUUGGCUCAUUUUCUACAUUUUGAUGAUGCACACAGCAAAUAACAAGCUGCUCCCUGACAAGACGGGACAAAUAGAAACACACCUAAAACACAACAUCAUCAGUCAUACAGUUAAAGAAAAAGUGAAAUUGUCCACAUGUAUGAAUGUGAGCGUGAAUGCUCGUGUGCCCUGCCAUUGGCUGGCCACCGCCUCUGGCCCAGAGUCAGCCGGGAUGGGCUCCGGCACACCCCCGCGACCCUAGUGAAACGUUGAAGAUGUUCGAUGCGCCAACACCACAAACCUUCAGCAUAUCUGUGAGGGAUCCAAAACAAGGUAGUGAUAUGAUAGAUCCAUUUCAAGAAACAGCGCUAAUGUGAUUUUCCCAAAGAAAGAAUGCUGAAGAGUGCUGUGGUGGUGCUUUCUUAAUAUUUGAUAUGAUGAUCAGCAGCGUGUAUCCAUCACAGAAUGUCAUCCUUUUCAUUUACUGUAGCUUAGACCCUGCUGUGGAUAUGGGAUGGAUACUUGGCUGGAAUGUGACGUAUGUCGAGUGUAAUGGCGUGAUCCAGUUGUGCACACGCUUGGAUGGCUUUGCAAACUGUUGGCGUACGGGCUGAUGCCAAUCAUUUGUUUUCACGUCUAACAUUGAGGGCGCAUUGGAACUUUGGAAGGUGUUGCACGCAUGAGAUCGUGGGCACGUAAGCCCCACCCCGCGUAACGCACGCUCACCAGCUAUGUUAAACUAAGAUAGCCUAUAGCAAACACAAUUUGUCAAUUUUGAUGCUAAUUGGGAAAAGUCUCCAUGCUUUUUGUUAUUGAAAGCACUAUGCUAACAUGCUAGCUGCCGCUUGGUUAACCUUGAGCGUUGCAAACGGUCCCUUGAUUGUUUAUGCUACUGAUUGACUUGUUUCAGUAGGGGUGUCACCAUCUGGUCUUCAUCAGGACCAGACCAUAUUUGAAAAUGACUUAGAAAACUACAAAGAACUCCCAGGACUUGUUUAUCAGUCCAGUGAUGCUGGAAAUGCCUGCAAGUGUAAUGUGUUGCCCGGCCCACUGCCACUUCCAUAUUGUGCGUGUUAUCAUUGACAGUAGCGAUGCCAUAGUUGAGUCUGAUGGGCUCUUGGCUGCCCUGUUCCUGCCAGUCAUGUGCUGACACCCCGAUGAUGUGUUUUUCAUCAUGAUACAGCAUUUCACACGUUAUUCCAAUAUGUGCUACUGGAUGUUGGAAUUGCCUUUGGAAUCAAUAAAGUAUACUUUAGUUGGCACCAGUGGUCUCCUGAUGCUUAGUCCUUCACAUCCUCAUGCCGAAAGGCCGAGCGCAGGUGGAAGAAAGAUGGUCUGCAAGGUUCCUUUGAAACCCUCAAAGCCAGUUGGAGGCGUUAUCAAAACAUAGUGAAGGCUGAGAAAACAAAAUACCUCUCAGAUGUG